AAGCCCAGCAGCCGUCAUUUCCUCUGACUGUGACAGUGAAUCACACGUGAGUAAGGGAAGGCAGAAUGUGCAGCGUGCUCAGACCUGCUGCAGCGCAGGAGAGCGCUUAAAAAGCCCGGCUCAGAGAGGCUGGGCCAGUUUCUCUUCACAGCUGAUUCCAGGAUUCACACAACAUGAGGAGCGGCUGGAUUUCCCUCUGCCUGGUUCUGGCUGCCGUCUGCUCGGUCCACACCACCUACACGUUCUACUCAAAGCUCCGAUGUGAGUGUAACGGCAGGGCCCGGUACUGCCUGCGGGACGCCAGGGGCCUGCGCUGCCUGGACUGCCAGGGGAACACCGAGGGCCGACACUGCGAGCGCUGCAAGGACGGCUUCUACCUGCAGGGGGCGGCGCUGAGCUGCACGCCCUGCAGCUGCAACCUCACAGGUUCUGUCGCUGACACCUGUGACAGCAGGGGGCGCUGCAGCUGCAGGGAAGGAGUCAGCGGAGACAAAUGUGAGUUCUGCCCCGACGGUCCGAUCGGGCCGGACGGCAGCAGACGAAGACGUCAGGAAAGAGAGGAUUCUGGGAGUUUGGCAGGGCCGUGUUUCUGCUACGGACACAGUGAGCAGUGUUCUGCACAGCCUGGCUACUCCGUCUACAACAUCUCGUCCACCUUCAGCACAGGUCCGGACGGAUGGACGGCAGCAACGGUGCAUGGAGUGACUCCUCAGGAUGUUCUCUUCCGCUGGUCACCAACACAUCAGGACCUGGAGGUGAUCUCCAAGCAAAGCCUGCCGGCUUACCUGUAUGCACCAGACUCUUACCUGGGGAACAAACGGCUGAGUUAUGGACAGAACUUCUCCUUCUCGCUGCGUUUGGACCGCGGCGUUCGACACCCCUCCACCAACGAUGUGAUCCUGGAGGGCGCCGGUCUGAGAGUGGCUGCCUCGCUGGGGGACCUGAGGUCCAUCGUCCCCUGUGGGAAGAAGAUCCUCUACACCUUCAGGCUGGACGAGCAGCUCAGUAAGUGGAGGCCUCAGCUUUCAUCAUUCCAGUUCCAGAAGCUUCUCCAGAACCUCACGGCCAUAAAGAUCCGGGCCACAUUUGGGGAAAAUGGACGUGGUUACCUUGACAACGUGAACCUGGUGUCUGCGCAGCGUGGCGAGGGCCCCGCGGCCAGCUGGGUGCAGACCUGCAGAUGUCCUCCAGGACACGAGGGGGACUUCUGUGAGCACUGCUCGGCUGGCUUCAGGCGCAGCGUCCCGUCAGCCGGACCCUUCAGCGCCUGUGAGCCCUGCAGCUGCAGGGGCGGCAGCUGCGACCCGCACACCGGAGACUGUUACUCUGCCGACGAGACGCCCGGCGGGCACAGCUGCUCAGAGGGAUUUUACAAAGACCAGCAGGGGGACUGUGUGAGGUGCCCCUGUCCAGAGAGGACAUCCUGCUCUCUGGCUGCCGGAGCUCUGGAGCCUCAAUGUCACCGCUGUCCACCAGGAACCAUUGGGUUUUACUGCGAAACCUGUCGGGGGGGUUUCCAUGGCGACCCUGUAGGUCUUCAGGGCGUGGUUCGACCCUGCAGGCCCUGCAGCUGCAACGGGCAUAUAGACGUCAGCCAGGCAGGAAGCUGCGAUCGCUCCAGUGGAGAAUGUCUGAGGUGUCUGAACAACACGACCGGCCGCUUCUGUGAGAACUGCCUGAGAGGGUUCUACCACGACCGACCCACCGAUGCCUGCAAACCCUGUAACUGUGACCUUCAGGGCUCAGAGUCGGAUCAGUGUGACGACGGCGGUCAGUGCCGGUGCCGGCCGGGCCACCAGGGUCUGAGGUGUGAUCGACCCAACUGCCCCGCCUGUUUCAGCCCCGUCAAAACCAAGAUGGAGGCUUACGCUGCCAAAGUGAAGCAGCUGGAGGCGCGUCUCUCUGGAUCGGGUGCAGUUCUGGUGAACCAGGCAGAGAUGGAGGCGGCUGUGAGCGCGAUGGAGGAGCUGGUCAACAACCUGGAGCAGAACGCAGAGGAGCUCACAGAGAAGGAGAAGGUCCUCCAGCGUCGUCUGUCGUCCAUCAGCAGGAGUCAGCUGACAGAGGGACAGGACAUCCAGAGCAUCUCAGAUAUUAGCAACCACAUCAGGAAACAGCUGCAAAGCUUCAAGUCGAAGGACGAGGAGGUGGAGACGCUGAUCGAUGAGAUGAGACGGCAGCUGGAGGAGGCCAGAACCAAACUGCAGUCAGUGGAGCUUCCUCUCCACGAUGAUCCCCAGAGUCCAGGCGGUCUGUCUUCACUGGCGCAGCUGGCUACAGGACUGGCUGAUGAGCACAAGGCGACGGCCGCCUCUGUGGAGCAGACGGCCAACGAGGCUCUGAGCGACUCGGAGGAGAGUCUGGCGCUGGUCCGGACUCUGAUGAACAGAGAGAACAAAGUCAACGAGCUGAUUGGAGAUCUGCAGACGCUCUACGAUCAGACCUCAGCAGAUGUGCAGAGUCUGGAGAGGCGGGCAGGAGGUCUGAGCGAGGAGGCCAAGCAGGAGAGCAACAUGGCCGACAGCAUGCUGAUAGACAUCUCCAGGCUGGAGAAGAACCUCCCCCCAUCCAUGCAGGGAGAAGUGGACGCCAUGCUCACCAAGCUGGAUGGACUGAAGGAGGCGGUGGAGAGGAACCCCGUGGAGAACCUGCUGCAUGAUGUAGAAAACAAGCGGACAGACGCUGAAGAGCUGCUGGAUGAAGGCAAAGCUGCCCAGCAGGAGUUCAACACGCUGCUGCACAGAGUCAACGACGCUAAAUCUGACACGGAGAAGGCUCUGGAAAGCAUCAGGACCAACAACGACGACCUGGACAACACCCUCAGCUCCCUGAGAGGGUUUGAUGAGCUGAUCCGCGGCAGCAAGCUUCUGGCUAAUGAAGCCAUCCAACGUCUCCCCGGCAUCAACGCCACCAUCCAGGAUGCCGGUCGUAAAAACGGCGAGACGCAGUCUGUUCUGGAAACAGCCUCCAAAGAUUUCAACAAAGCGAUGGGAAACAUCAACACACUGGACAGCCUGGCCGACAGCCUGCAGAAAUCCGUCGGCUCGCUGCCACCUUACGCUGGCCUGGUGGAGGACGCCAGCAGACUGAAGAAGGACGCUGAGGACCUGAAGAGCAGGGCAGAGCAGACGGCUGCAGAUGUGAAGGAUGAGCUGGAAGCGGCGGACAGGCUGGACGCUGCUGUUCAGGAGGCGGCUGACGGAGCGACUGCAGCGCUCAACAAUGCCAAAGAGAGCAGAGACGCCGUGCAGGAGACGCUGCAGGCCGUCAACGAGAUGCUGGCCAACCUGAACGACCCCAACGCCGUGGAUAAGGAUCUGCUGAGGCGGCUGGAGGAGACUCUGGCCGACGCUGAGAGGGAGGUGGAGGGCGGCCUGAGGCCUCGGCUGCAGGACAUGGAGGAGAAGGAGGAGGCGCAGCGCCGCCGGCUGACCUCCAUCAACCUGGACAUCGACAGGGUGCUGGCAGACAUCGCCAACCUGGAGGAGAUCCUGAGGACCAUCCCCAGCGGCUGCUUCAACAAUCCCCCCAUCGAGGAGGCCUGAGGGACUCAGACUGCGUCUCCUGGUCCUCUGACCUUCUGGGAGUCUGUAUCUGCUGCAGGGAUCUGGACUUCCCCUCCAACCUUCCUGCCAUUUGAACUGGAUCUUCCUGAGGAGCUCUGAAUGAAACCGGAUCAGUCGGUUCUGCUCGAUUUUAUGGACGGUUUCAGAUUAUUUUCUAUGAAAGAAAUGAAAUAUUCAACCUGGUUGUUCCUCUGCUGACUCCUGCUACUGCAGAAUUAUAGAAACGGGAGUAAAACGCUGAUGUUUUAUGGAUAAAUGCUUCAUUCUUUUAGCAUUUUAAUCAAACGUUUUAGAGAAUUUUAGAGACUUUUAGCCAUCAUCCCAGUUUAAAUGUUAAAGUUGUAACUCGAAGCCGUCCAAAGGUGUUCACCUGAGAGCAUCAUCUGUAACCAUGGAAACGCUGACUCCAGGCGUUUCAUUGGUUGCUAAGGUGUUCAUAUUGUUGCCGUGUUUAGGCAGUUUAUUAAUAAUCUCUGUUGUAUUUAUUUGUGAUUAAGGAUGGAAGAGGUGAACAACGUGAAAGUCUUAAAAUCUUAAUUUCUCCACAUUAAUAAAUGUUCUGCAGGUUAAAUUAAAUAAUUAGAAACAGAUUCUAUUUUUUCUGCGUGAUAAUCAUUGAAUGAAAGACUUCUCUCUAUUUUUCUGUAUUUAUAACUGUACAUAAAUCAGAUAUUUUUUGCUAUAAAAGAUUCUGGUUUUUUUUUGCCAGACAUUUUGGAGCACUGAACAGAAAGUUUUUGUUUCCUGAUUGAUUUAAAAUAAAAUCAGUUUCAGAUCUUUU